UCUUACAAAUCUUCCCCCUUGGCCAGCAUGUUGGCGUCUCUCAUUGAGAAGAUACCUAUGAAACUGCCGGUCCCCGUGGAGGGUAUGGUUCCCCUUGUUUCUUAUCGCCCUACUCGCAGUGGCAGGCACUCGCAACGCUACGAUGAAAGAGGCUCUCGUUUAGUCGUGGGAUGUAUCCCGUAUCGAUAUAAGAAAACGGAGGAAAUAGAUUCGAAUGAUGAGAUGAUCGAAGUACUUGUGAUCAACGCACAUAAUGGGAAAGGUGUGUUGUUCCCUAAAGGUGGCUGGGAACAUGAUGAUGAAUCUAUGGAAGAGGCAGCCGUUCGAGAGACGCUCGAAGAAGCCGGUGUUGUCGGCAAUAUUGAAUGCAAACUAGGGAAAUGGUCGUACGAGAGCAAGAGGCAAAAUACUGUCCAUGAAGGCCACAUGUUUCCUAUGUUUGUCAAGCAAGAAUUGGACCUUUGGCCUGAGAAAAAUACCCGGACAAGGAAAUGGAUAACAAUAACUAAAGCUAGAGAAGAAUGCCCCCAUUUGUGGAUGAGGGAAGCUUUAGAAGAGUUGGUUUCCCGCCAGCAAAUGCAGCCUCGGACACAGGAGGAAGUCGAUCGAACAACUUGCAAGUGACCAACAUUCUGUUUUAGUAAGCAUGCAUGGGUUGGGGUUUGUUUCAUUGAAUUUGUGAGAUAUACAAUUCAACCUAGCAUGA